AUGAUGAUGGGUUCGUUGGAGGAAGAUAAAACUAACUUGAUUGUCAAUUAUUUGCCUCAAACAAUGUCGCAAGAAGAUAUUAGAUCCCUUUUCUCAACCAUUGGAGAAUUGGAAAGCUGCAAAUUAAUAAGGGAUAAAACCACUGGUCAGAGCCUGGGGUACGGUUUCAUUAACUACCGACACACGGAGCACGCUAGGAAGGCGAUAUAUUCAUUCAACGGUUUACGUCUGCAGAACAAAACGAUUAAAGUCUCAUUCGCGCGGCCAUCAAGCGACACAAUCAAGGGAGCGAACCUAUAUGUCAGUGGGUUGUCCAAAUCUAUGGCCCAACCAGACGUCGACAGCCUGUUCGCACCUUACGGAGUCAUCGUGACGUCACGAAUUUUGUGCGAUCCAGUAACAGGUUUGUCAAAGGGAGUUGCCUUCGUUCGAUAUGACACGAGGCAAGAAGCAGAGCAAGCAAUUAAACAUUUAAAUGGAACAAUACCAGCGGGCACCUCAGACCCGGUCACCGUCAAAUUUGCCAACUGUCCAAACUCAAUCAACAAAAACGUUGGAAUUUCAUUGUCUUCGGUUCCUUACGUCAAUCAAACGCGAAGGAUGAUCGGAUCCCUUUCACACCCUCCUCAUCCGGCCAUUGCAAACAGGUUUUCAUCCCUGGACAGUGCAGCUCUCUCGCUGCAGACGAGCCUCAUUGGAGGUGGCAUGCUGCCGACUGGCGGAUGGUGUUUAUUCGUUUAUAAUUUAGCUCCUGAAACUGAAGAAAAUAUUUUGUGGCAACUUUUCGGACCGUUCGGCGCUGUGCAAACUGUAAAGGUCAUGAGAGAUCCUACGACUCAAAAGUGCAAAGGUUUUGGAUUUAUAACGAUGACCAAUUAUGACGAAGCUCUUACAGCCGUGUCUUCGCUCAAUGGAUACCAACUAGGAAGUAGAAUUCUCCAAGUUUCUUUUAAAAAAUCGAAAACGAGCUUAGGAGGGCUUGGGUUGCAAGCACCAUCUAGUGCAAACCAAACAUUAGUUCCAGGAGUAUGAAGAUUAUGUUUUGGCGAAUGUUUAUAUUUUACUUAAAUGUUCUUCCACAUUUUCAUAUGCUGAAAAUUUUAUUUUAAUAGGUGUUCACUUGUAUGUUUUCGAUUUGUUUCCAUUUUAUGCUAUUUAUCUUCACUUUCGUAUCAUCAUUUCAAUUGCAACUCUAAUUUAAAAUUAAAUGUAGUUCUUCGUAAUUCAAUAGAUAAUUUUUGCUAAUUAAAUUUUUGUUUUGAUGAACAUUAAAUUAAUAAAGAAUUUCAAAUGUUAAAUAAACAAAAAAAUUUGAAAAGCAGUUCAUUCGAAAUAUAAUAAUUGACAUUUAAACGUUUAUUAAUCAAAACACUUUUUAAUGCUCACAAUUUUUUAAAUGUUUUUUGUAGAAUUAUUACUAUUAAUUAAUUAAUUAAUUAAAAUGGUCUAUUCCACAAUCGGUAUUCGUUAAUAUUUGCCAGUUAAUUCAAUAAUUUCAUAUACAUUAUUAACGUUAUUACACGCAUUACAAUUUUAGUUUCGUUAGAUUUUAACAUUGUUUCAUUUUCAAUCGGUAUUGUCGUUUUUUAACAAUUGUGGUCUCACGUUGUUUUCACAAUUUUAAUUUUUUUAUUUCAAUAUUAAAAUGAUGCUUUAAAUAAAAUCAUGCAAUUCAAUUUAAAAAGUAAAAAAUUAA